ACACUCUUUGUAUAUGUAAUUUUUUUGCCGUUGAGGGAGGACGUGUUUUCCUCGCAUUUUUGUAAUUUUUGGAGGCUAUUUUAAACCAGAAAACAGCAAAAAAGAGAACAAUUUAUUUAGUGCAAAACAAGGUGAAUGUGCAAAUAAACUUAAAUCAUGAGCGAGGACACAUAUCAAAUUGAGACGCGUCGUCGUUCACGUUCAAAAACUCCCUUUCUCCGCUCGUCCUGUGAUCACGAGAAUUGCGAACAUGCGGGGGAGGAUGGCCAUGUCCACCACAAGAAGAAGAAGUCCUCAAUCGCACCAAAUGUUCAGACCAUUGUGGAGGAAAAGCAUGUGGUACAGUCAUCAACAACAACCAGCAAGAAACUUCGCGGCAAGAUCUUUGAGCAGUUCACUUCGGACUACUCCAGCGAAGAAAUGACCCCAGAGGCCAACCGCAAACAAUUGGGAGCCACUACCACGACGGGUAUCACAUCAUUCUUCAGUAGAAAGCUAUCCGGCGGAGCCACAUCCACGCCCAACAACAACAAAAGUCAUUUGGAGACUACACAGAAUUCAUUAAAUGCAGCCCAAGAAAAGCUAAGCAGCAGCAAACGCUCGAAUGGGAACCUCAGUGGAGGCUCCCAAGAUCUAAGUCGAGAUCAUUUGGCCUACAUUGAGUACAGAGAUGCGGGCGAGUAUUGGAAUAAGACUCCCAAAACGGAUUACACCUACUCGGAGUUAUCGCCCCAUCGCCGACACUUGGCCCCGGGAAUUGUGGCAAUGCCCAACAUGUCUCGUCGCAGUCUAGAGAAUCACAAUGAUCGAGUUAAUUUCAUGGUCCAACAGAAUCCAGCCCAAGAAGAGUUCAUAAGACGUCGCUAUCAAUCAAAGUACACCCAAAAUGUGAACUAUGAUUCAGCGGAUGAGCUGGAUGCCACACAAUUUGGUCAAUUGCAGAAGCAAAGCUGGUGGUUCCUGCGACUUAUACAGGUUGUUAUCACCACAGUGACGACCACCUGGUCGCGAAUCACCAACAUUUCGCAAACGGAGACAAAUGCAUAUCAAAACUACUACGCCAAGCAGAGGCAGAGGGGAGGAGAGCAAGUUGGAAUCUUUACAAGAAUAGCUCGUGCCAUUGGUGGCAGCUUUUUGAGUUUAAUGAGCUAUAUCUAUCUGUUUAUUGCCUCCGUUCUCAGUGCGGACACGUGGUUGCUGAGAUCGUCGAAUGCGGAAAAUAAAUCAAAGAAACGUUUUCUACUACUUCUCUUGAUUUUGCUGCCCUUGCUGUUGUUGACGGCCUGGUCGCUGUUGCAGGAGGAUCAACGCCUUGGCUAUAGACAAAGAAUCGAAGCCCUUGUGGCCCUGCCUGCCCCUUUGUUUGCCUCAUUAUCCCAGAUGGGCGCCACACUGAAGAAUAUUAUUAGAGAAGCUCCCCAGUUAAAUGAGGCGGAGGCCAUAAAACUUAAUUUGGCCAAUGUGCAGAACAACAUGAAAAAGUCGCUGAGUCCCGAAGAAUAUGAGAAUAUCUUGAAUCAUGUUAACGGCUAUGUGCAACAACUAAUGGAAAUCAAGCUCCUAAAGCAGCGUGAGGAUCACAAGGAGCAGGCGAAGCAAUUGAGUCCGCAACAAUUGGCAAUUAUAGUAGGUCUAAUCCAGGAACACCUUCAGGGACUUUCUCCUGAGCGACAAGAACUAAGUGAAGACGACUUGAGCCAAUUGAUUGACAAAUUAAAGCUAAAAUGGCAACCAGAAUGGAGACUAACGCCGACUAAUGUAGAGGAAAUCACUAAACUAAUCAAGUCUAAUGUAGCAAUUGAAGAAAAUCAUUAUAAUUUGCUAUUGGAACGCAUUGAUCUAACAGCUGUGGUCGAAAAGAUUUUACUUUCGCCCGAGUUGGCGUCAUUUGUCGAUCAACGUAUUGAUGGCAAACUGAAAGACUUUAAAAGUUCCUUCCCUUCAAACGAUGAACAAAUCGAGCAACUCAAUACAGAAAUUGCUUUCAUCAAAUUAGCUCUGUCCGAUAAGCAUGCAGAGAAUGCAGAUCUCCAUCAGUCCAUAAGUAACCUGAAGCUGAGUCAAGAAGAUCUCCUGGAGCGCAUGCAACAGCACGAACUGGCUCAGGAUCAGCGUUUCAGUGGCCUGCUGGCUGAAAUCGAGAGCAAAUUGGCUUCUCUCAAUGAUUCUCAGUUUGUUGCCCUAAACAAACAGGUAAAGCUUUCCUUGGUAGAAAUUCUGGGAUUCAAACAAUCGGAUUCGGCAGUUAAACUAGAUGACAUCGAUCUUCAGAACUGGGUGCGGAGCAUGUUCGUAGCCAAGGACUACUUGGAGGAGAAAUUGCUGGAGCUGAAUAAGCGCACUAAUAACAAUAUACGGGACGAGAUUGAACGCUCCAGCAUCCUGCUGAUGAGCGAUAUUAGCGAGAGGCUAAAGAAGGAAAUCCUUUUGAGUGUCGAUGUCAAACAUAAUGCAAGUGUCAAGGCACUCAAAGGACAAAUUCGUGAGGAGGAAGUUCGGCAAAUUGUGAAAUCCGUUUUAGCCAUCUAUGAUGCGGAUAAGACGGGUUUAGUGGAUUUCGCGCUAGAGUCAGCUGGUGGCCAAAUUCUUUCCACACGCUGCACAGAGAGUUAUCAAACGAAAUCUGCUCAGAUAUCGGUGUUUGGCAUACCCUUAUGGUAUCCCACCAAUACGCCGCGUGUUGCUAUUUCCCCCAAUGUACAGCCAGGUGAAUGUUGGGCUUUUCAGGGUUUCCCUGGAUUCCUAGUUUUAAAGCUCAACUCUCUGGUCUAUGUCACUGGUUUUACCCUGGAGCAUAUUCCUAAAAGUUUAUCGCCAACAGGGCGUAUUGAUUCGGCUCCCAAAAACUUUACUGUCUGGGGUCUUGAACACGAAAAGGAUCAGGAUCCCAUACUAUUCGGUGAGUAUGAAUAUCAGGAUAAUGGCGCCUCACUGCAAUAUUUCGCCAUACAAAAUCUGGACAUUAAACGGCCAUAUGAGAUAGUCGAGCUUCGCAUCGAGACGAAUCAUGGCCAACCCACCUAUACAUGUCUAUAUCGGUUUCGCGUGCACGGCAAGCCGCCAGCCGCAUAAAACUAAUCCCAACCAGCCCAACAAGCCAGCCAACCAAAUCAGUUAAACCUAAUAUCUGUGCCUUAAAAAGGAAACAACUCAAUAAUACCUACUUACAAUACGAACGGAUGUAUUGACGGAUAGAUGGAUGGAUGGACCGAAAGACGGAUGGAAGAGGCGCAACUUAAUUUACAUAAAUCCUAAAUGAAUAAGGCUGUAGCAACUAAGUGUUUUUGUAUCAUAUCACUGAACCAGAUGUAGAUGCUAAUGCACAUGCAGAUGAAGGGUUCAAAGAGUGUUUAAAUUAUUAAGUUAGAUUAAGAGAAACAGUUUGUAUAUAGUUUACGCUAUAAUUAAUUUAUUUUGAUUUAGUUCUUGAAGUCCUCUUCCAUUUCCCAAUUAAUUGUUAAUUCGCGUAUGUUUGCCAUUUUAUAAAACGUUCUAAACUACAUACAUACAUAUAUAUACCGAUAUAUGUAUAUAUUUACAGUCAUAGUCAUUUAGUUAGUAGGCACGUAAGCUAUUUAUGCGUUAAACUUCCACAAAUGAAAUAGAAAUGAAUCCGAAAUAAAUCAAACGCAAGAAACUCAU